CGAAUAUGUCAAUCAAGCGGGCGCUGAACGACGAAGCGAAAUUCAUGGAUCUAACGGCCAUUGGCUGCAGUUUGUUGCUGGAACAGCAGAGCUGCACAAGUGGCGUUGCUAAAUCGGAUACCAGUAUUACAGUGACCAUGUCUGGACACGACGCCAUAUCCGGUCAAGUCGGAACCUAUCAGUCCAGCAACUACCUCAGUCCGCGUCAGGCUCCUCCCCCUCCCUAUCCUGGCGGGCUGACGCCUUACCAGUCGCCCUACGUCAGCCCUUAUGAGACACCGUUCCAGACACCGUCGCCCAGUCCUUUGUCAUCUGUCCAAUCCAGUCCGGUCACCUCUGUAUGCCGGACUAAAGGGCCUGGCAUCGAUGAAGAGUUGGCCAUGAUCCUCGAAAGUGAACCGUUCAUUUGGGAACAGCAGCCGGCCCAUACCCAAACGAUGGUCCAUCAGGGUCCACCACCUCCACCAUAUCCCCUUCAAUCGGAUGGCGUUACGGGCCGUCCGCCUCAUCCGCGUUCAUCUCUGAGCGUCCAGCCAUCGCGGACGCUGAUGAAACAGCAACUGCAGCGACAGCAACUGGAACAGCAGGAGCGUCGCGAACGCGAAAUGAUGAAACUCCAAUCGGCUGCAAGGGCGUCCAGCUGCCCGUCUGUUAAGAUGGGAAUUCCAAUCAUGGCGCGAUCGCAGCAGCUGGUCGUCGAUCCGGUUUCUGUUCCACCUCAAGUUCUGACGGUGCGCACCCGACUGGAGAAUCCCACGCUCUACCACGUCAUCGAAUCUCGGAAGCGUCAAGUGCGCGAAUUUCUCCAGCACGGCCAACAGCAAGCAUCCAGUUCGCUCCCGCUGGAUCACCGUCCUUCGGCCACCAUCAGCUCCGCUCCGGCCGGAGGCUUCGCCGUGCCCUUGACCCAACAUCCAUCAGCCCCAACCGACGCCGAGGCGGACGAUUUCUUGGAGGACAUUUUGAACUUGGAAGCCGGUUUGGAGGCGGCUGAUCGGAAUCGAGUCAUGGAUACGUCAUCUCACCAUCAAACCCUUCCGCCUGAGGUGAGCGAUUCGGGCAGCCUGAUGGAACAUUUUUUGACGUUGAGCUCGACGUUGCAUCACCACGGAGAUCACGUCCCUCUGCCAACAGCUCUGGAAUUGCCGGCCAAACUGCCGGCCCACGCGGCCAGCAGCAGUCCGCCCGCCAAGGGUACAACCGCGUCCAUCAAUGAUAACGUGGAUUACGUGCCCAUCAUCACCGGAGCCUUCACAGCUGCAGGAUUAAAAGGAUCGGGAUUGACAUCGGGACCGCCUUCGUCGCUCACGUCUCCGAUGACGUCGCCGACCUCAUCGCCGUGCCACCAUCCGUUACGUAAUCAUCACACGAACGGGCAUCACCACCAUCAUCAUCGCGGCUCCAUCGACUCCGUCUUUGUCGACCUGGACUUGAGCGGCUCCGGCACGGAAUUCGGCGCCUCGAGCGGAUUGGCUGCCGCCCUCGGCAAUGGACUCUCUAAUGACGGCAUUGGCGGUGUGGUCGAUUUACGUGCGUUAGCCAAAGAUCGUCAAAAGAAAGAUAAUCAUAACAUGAUCGAGAGGCGGCGCCGGUUCAACAUCAACGAUCGAAUCAAGGAGCUGGGCACAUUACUACCGAAGAGCAACGACCCUGAUAUGUGCAGGUACUACGACUGUUUCCGCGACGUCCGCCAGAAUAAAGGAGGGAUCCUUAAAGCCUCUGUGGACUACAUUCGCCGAUUGAGGCACGACCGCGACCGGCUGGCCCAGAAUGAGGCCCGCCAACGGCAGCUGGAAUUGCAAAAUAGACGGCUACUUUUGCGGAUCCAGCAGCUGGAAUUGCAAGCCAAAACGCACGGUCUGCCGCUGCCCGCUUCAGACACGGACGGCACCUGGACGGAUCCUCAUUUAACUUCGGCUCCGUUAACACCCUCCACACCGCCUUACAUCAAGACGGAACCCCGCGACGACAACUCAUUCCGAAAGGUACCGGAUUUAAUCCCAGAGAUCGGCAGUGGUGGCGGCUUAGCGGUCGCGUGCGAAUUCACGGCGCUGGAAGACUUUAUGGAAGACGAUUUCAAUCAAGCCACGAGGGGAGAUCCGCUGCUUAGCAGCUCUCAUCACGCUUCCGGCAAUCAGCAACACACUCACCUGAUCGGCCAUUUUGAAACGCAUCCCGAUGAUCACCACCAUCAUCACCAAGGAGGCAACGAUGUGUCGCGAGUGCGCUCCAAUUACCAGCCGUCCGAAGAGGAUGAAUCGCUCAGCCCGGAAUCGCUGGAUCGUAUGGAAUUGUCGGCGUGAUGCGUAGAGCGCUGUGCCGGGUAUUGUUUUUUAGGUAGGCUUUACUACUACAACUACUACCACCGCUGCCAACUAUUCGUGACGAGUUACGUGGAAGUAACAGCUGUGACAAAACGAAUGUGAAAAUUUAAAAAACAAAACAAAAACAAAACAAAAUAAAACAAAAGAACAUCUCGACCAAUUUAAAAGAACAGUGUAACCGAUAUGCCACCCAAUCUUCCACACUCCACUACAAUCGCGUACGCACGAUGGAUUUAAUUCCACCAGUUUUUAAAGCCAACUAUAUUGCAUAAGCUAAUGAUAAUGUGUUUUGUGUUCUUUUCUUCAGUGUGUCUCGGGGGUUCGUUUUGCUAAUGUUUAGUGUGUUCAUUUUUUUUUUAUUUACGAAAAGAGAACAAUCGCUCGCUGUCAUCAUCGCAUCAAUUUUUAUCUUUAUUCGUGUGGCUUCUUGAUUGUUUAACUUCUUUUUUUUUUUUUUUUUUUUUUUUUUUAUAUACUUUCUUAUCUAGACAAAAGCGCCAUGUUCUAUAGAAAAUGUCUUUGUCGAUGUUAUUUUUCUCUUUCUAAUUUCUAAUUCAUUUUCUCCCAAUCCCCAUCUGUCAUGCUUUGUACAGUAAUUUUAUAUGUUUAUGUCGAUGGAGGAUGACGUGAGGCUACGAGUUAUAGAGAUGAUGAUCUUUCAAAAAAAUAUCAAAGUCUGGUAAGUUACAUAAGGUUCCCAAGUCGCUGUAUUAUGAGAAGUAUAAGUGACGGUUGAUCUAAAAACACGGAUUCAAAUCAUAUCCUCCACCUCACCCCCCGCAUUUCGUGUGUACGUUGUGUGAGCAUUUGGUAUAUCAUAGUUGUAGGGUGUCUUCCACUAUUUACUGAAUGGCCUGUAUGUGAUUUUUCAUCUUAAUUCCUACACUGUGUGUCUCAUAUUU